AUCUGGAAGCCAAAUGUUAGAGACAAUAUAAAAGGGCCAGCCCAACAAACCAGUGGGGCAUUUCUAAGCCAGAAACAUCCUCAGGAUGGACCUUGUCCUUCUCUGGGUGUUCCUGCCUCUGGUGACAGUGGCAUGGGGCCAGUAUGGUGACUACUACUACGGCCCCUAUAACUAUGGAGAUAACGAUGAAUGGGUCAAUGUGUACCGGCAGGGUUUCAACUUCCAGUGCCCGCACGGGCAGGUGAUCGUGGCCGUCAGGAGUGUCUUCAGCAAGAAGGAAGGCUCCGACAGACUGUGGAACUACGCCUGCAUGCCGGCAGCCCAGAGCCUCGGUGAGCCGACAGAGUGCUGGUGGGAAGAGAUCAACAGGGCGGGAACCGAAUGGUACCAGACAUGCUCAAACAAUGGGCUGGUGGCUGGUUUCCAGAGUCAGUAUUUUCCAUCUGUGCUUGACCGUGAAUGGCAAUUUUACUGCUGCCGCUACAGCCGGAGAUGCCCAUAUUCAUGCUGGUUAACAACAGAAUACCCAGGGCACUAUGGAGAAGAUAUGGACAUGAUGAUGUAUACUUACGACUACUACAUCCGCGGGGCAACGACAACUUUCUCUGCUGUGGACAGGGAUCGUCAGUGGAAGUUCAUUGUCUGCAGGAUGACAGAGUAUGACUGCCCAUUCCAAAAUGUUUAAAAAGAUUGAGUAUACCCGAAUUGGAAAGCUUGGGAAUGGACAAGGUGUGAUGAGGGUCAGUGAUUAUAUGGGUGAAGGGCAAUUAGGCUCACAAAAGAUGUACCAAGACUCAUCAGCUGUCUGCUGAAGAUACAAUUCUUCCCUCCGGAGCUAUUAAAUAAAUUGCCAGCCCACAUGCUUGCAACAGCAGUUUUGGAGGAUUCCUUUGAGCUGCACAGGCAGCUGUAUCCCCCAAGUAAAAUUGCUUAGGACACACACUUGUUCAUGACACAAAGAUCUAUGACAUAUGCACAAUUACCUUUUUUUUUUUUUUCUACAUGUAUAUAUAUAUAGCCAUUCUGAACACAUACAACUUUCACAUAGCAACUUUAUAUAAAUUGCUUCCCAGCACAGUCACUCCAAAUGAGGUGGAAACAUACUAUAAGCUUUCCAGCAUGCAGUAGUCUUUCCUGUCUUCUACUUCCAACUUGGAACCAACCCAGCGAUAUCCACCAGCUUCUCAGUGUUUAGCUAGAAGUGUGCUGAAAACAGUACCGGUAGGUCUUUGACAUACUGCAUUGGGGUUACCUGCUACAGCUCUCAGCAGAACUCUGUUGCUGCAAAUGUCUACCUACCCUGGGGAAUUCCAGCUAUUUACAAUACUGGAAGAUGUCCGUACCUGAUUAAAAUGUCUAAUGCAGCUUUACCGAGAGCCUCCUUUAUAUUGUCCUAAAAGUUUUCGGUGACAUAGCUAGCUGGGAGCUCGGCUCUGGGCAAACCCAGGAGCGGGUCAGGCCACUCUCCCUCUCAGUAAAUAUACAUGCUGCACUUGUCAGGAGUCUGCUUCUCAUGUGGACUGGGUUUCCACUGUGGGUGCCUAUACAGCACCCAUCUGCCCUUGGUAAUGUAUUCUUGGCUUAGAACAGACAAAUGAAGUUAAUGGCUUAGAUGAUCUCAGUUCCUCUGACUUGUGCAUCUCAUUCCCUGUAAAUGGGCUGACCACGUUUUCAGAAGACUGCACAGCACUUGUGCAGCUGUAAUCCAACAAGAAAGAGCGCUGAUCUCCUCCAGGAAGAUCUGAGGUAGGAUUUUUGCUCUUGAACAAACCAGAAUUUAGAGCUCUGUUUCUUAGCUCAUGAGGUCAAUGACAAACUUAGCAGUGGCUUCAGCGGUGCUGGCUCAAGGGCCAGCUACCAAUCUAAGACUAAGCUUCAUAGGAAACAGUGCUGUCAGACAGUCAGUUUUCAGGCUCCAAGCAUUUUUAACAUAUUUACUAGCAUACCCUCAAGUGUGAGCAUUAAGACUACACUUGUCCAAUAAAUGAAUAAUAGGUUUGGCA